AAAGGAACUGGGCAGAUUAAAGCUGCAUGCCCAGGAGAGAACGUGAGAGAUCUCUGAUGAGUGUCUCGUCGUGCGGUCGUCGUUCUCAUGACAACACAUUUUUAAUUUUCUUUGACGGUCCGGCCAAGUCCGUCUGUAGUGGAGAAAGACGAGUGGGCUGAAGUCAGGUGAACGGUACUCUCGUUGUGUUGCCAGCGGUCGGAGGAGUCAACUUCAGGUUGGACGCCUUGCCUAACCAGGUGCUUUUACUCUAUUCUGCUUCAAAAGCGACAUACGAUGUCCAAGACGACUGCGAAUAGCUCAAGGAUGUUUCUAAGUGGCGUAGUAGAAGGCUUUUAUGGACGACCGUGGACUAUGGAGCAAAGGAAGACGCUGUUUACAAGGGUGCAGAAAUGGGGCUUGAAUACAUACUUGUACGCCCCCAAGAAUGACUACAAACACAGAAUGUACUGGAGAGAGCUCUACACGUCAGAGGAGGCAGAGCAACUGAUUGCCCUCAUCUCUGCGGCAAAAGAGCGCAACGUUGAAUUUGUGUAUGCCAUCUCUCCUGGGUUGGAUAUUACAUUCUCAAACCCCAAGGAGGUGGCAGCUCUUAAAAGGAAGCUCAGCCAGGUGUGUGAGUUUGGUUGCAGGUCCUUUGCCCUGCUGUUUGAUGACAUUGAGACAGAGAUGUGCGCUGCUGAUAAGGAGCUCUUCAGUUCCUCUGCUCACGCGCAGGUGUCCAUCACCAACCAGGUGUUCCAGCACCUGCAGGAGCUGCACACCUUCCUCUUCUGCCCAACAGACUACUGCGCUGCAUUCUGUACUCCUAGUGUGACUCAGUCUUCAUAUUUACACACUGUUGGAGAGAAACUACUUCCUGAGAUUGAUGUUCUCUGGACCGGUCCCAAAGUGGUGUCUAAGGAGAUCUCGGUGGAGUCUAUAGAGGAGGUGUCUGGUGUUCUGCGAAGGCCACCAGUGAUUUGGGACAACAUUCACGCAAAUGACUAUGAUCCCCAAAGGCUGUUUUUGGGACCCUUCAAGAACCGGUCCACAGAGCUCAUUCCCAAGCUCAGAGGAGUGCUCACCAACCCCAACUGUGAAUUCGAGCUCAACUUCGUGGCUAUUCAUACACUAGCCACCUGGUGCAAGUCCAGCUCAGGCCAGAAAGAUGUUGCAAUGGAUGGGGAGGAUCAGGGCUCGGACUACAGUCCCCAGGAGGCUUUGCAGCUCGCGCUCACAGAUUGGUUGGUUGAGUUUGGAGUAGCUGAUCAACCGGAUGUGUCCCGCACUGGCUCAGGCCGCCCGAAGCGAGAGUCAUCCGAAGAGGAGCCCAUGCAGACGGACGAGCAUGUGCCGGGGCCCAGGGAGAACCCCCUGUACACGGCCGAGCCGCUCACCCUGGACGACCUGACACUGCUCUCUGAGCUCUUCUACCUGCCCUACGAGCACGGUCCCACUGCUCUCGCCAUGCUGCGCGAGGUCCACUGGCUCCGCGCCAACAGCGACGCGGCCACGUUCGGCCACGCUGCUGCUGCCGACAGCGGCAAGGCCAAAGAAUGGCAAGAGAGAGCACAACACUUUGAUGACAUGUGCUCUGCGGUCAUCCGGAUGUUCAACAGGCUGUCGAACGCACCCAACCGCACCGUUCUAUAUGACCUGUACAACUAUAUCUGUGACAUAAAGAGUGGCGUGUCCUUAGCCAAAGCAUUUGUCAACAGCUUGGGAGGUCAUAACCCUCCUCCCUCUCAGGUUAUAACUGAUGAUCCAGAACCAUGGGGCUUCAGAGGAGGACUUUCCGGAGAGUUCCAGAGAAUGCUCCCAUGCCAUGGAAACCGAGAUCUCUUUCGUACCCCUCUUGCCACUCGAGUGUACGCUAUUCGACCCUGCACCCCCAAAGACAAGUCUGACAUAUUGAGGUUGUCCAAGGAGAUGCAGAGCGAGACUCUACAGCACGCUGCAUUAAUUGGUGACGGCCUGGUGGAGGGUCAGCUCGCUCCAUCCAAACACUGCGACCUGGUGCUGGAGGAUGAUGAGGGCCUCUGUGGCUUCACGUUCGGCCUUGCUGAUGCCAAGGUUGCCAUGACCAAAUCCCAGUAUCCGGAGAUGAUGCUAAGAGAUUUCCCCUCCCUCAUAACUGUUCAAAUCCACCCGAGAGUCCCGGACCCCUGCGUCGCCAAGCGCCUAAUCGCCAGCGUACUGUCUUCGCUGCGGGACAGCGGCUCCACUGGGGUUUUCUGUGAGUUCAGAUCAAAUGACAAGAGAAUGCUGGACUUCCUCAAGACGCUGGAAGUACUUCACGUGCUCAAAGUAGACGGACUGCAAGCAGGCCUGGUCCUAAUGGGGACAAAGCUGUAACUUUGGACUGUCUUCUACAGAUGGCCAUUACUUGACUUAAGCCUACUCCCUUGAUCUGAGCCUACAAUGAUUUACCAUAGAGUGCAAAAAAAAAAUAGUAACAGAAUUACAAAUAUUAACUGAUUUUGGUCAUAGCAAAUAGAUUUAUGAAGUGUGAGGGGGUUCAUUUGACUUUUCCCCCCCAUUUGGCUCCUUACUUACGUGAUUUAUAACUAGGUUUGUCUUAGGGGGAAAGAAGCGGCAUUCAAUUGUAUGAUGCAACGCUGUAGUUCCAUCGGUGAUACAUUCACUCGUAAGCUUGUGAUACCCUAGCACAGCAACGUCUGCAUAUGUGAUGUGCCAAGCACUGCGUGCUAAAAAAACCUUCAAGUCUAAUGUUUACUGGCCCAGACCCAGACUGUUAGCUGUCUUUAAUCCCCAACAUCUCAAACAAGACACAUACAGUGAACAAAUGUGCAGCUCAGCAACUCUUUAAAACAGAAGAAUAAAAAGAGAAUAAAACAA